CUCCUCCUCUUUCCUCUCGCCUAGUCAAUCUCCUCCUCCCUCGCCCAGUCACUAUCUCCUCCUCUCUCCCCUCGCCUAGUCACUCUCUCCUGGGCCACCGCUCCAGGACUGCUCUCCCUCUCCUCUCCCCUCGCCUAGUCACUCUCUCCUGGUUCACCGCUCCAGGACUGCUCUCCCUCUUCUCUGGUGCUAAGGUCGUUUUUGGUCCCUUUUUUGGUACUUUUUGGGUCCUGUUCCAGUUGGAUCUUUCAGUCAUCAUGAUACCCUCUCCGCCAUUGUUCCUGUUGCUGCUCGGCCUCAUGGGAGCGCAUGCCACCCCUCCCGUGUCCGUGGACCUCCGCACCGCUGCCGCCAUGGCGGCAGGUCUGUGUAACACUCGCCCUACAGACCUGGUGUUCAUCGUGGACAGCAGUAGGAGCGUGCGUCCGUCAGAGUUCGAGCAGGUCAAGGUGUUCCUGGCCAAGGUCAUCGAGGGACUGGAUGUUGGACCUGACGCCACACGGGUCGGAGUGGUCAACUAUGCCAGCCGCGUCAAGAAUGAGCUGUCUCUGAAGACCCAUAAAACCAAGGCAGGUCUGGUAAAGGCUGUGACUAAGAUCGAGCCCCUGUCCACUGGCACCAUGACCGGCCUUGCUAUCCAGUUCGCCCUCAACGUAGCUUUCAGCGAGGCUGAGGGCGCCCGCGUCAAGUCCCCAGACAUCAGCAAGGUGGCCAUCAUUGUGACAGACGGUCGUCCCCAGGACAACGUAAAGGAUGUGGCGGCGCGUGCCCGGGAUGCAGGUAUCGAGCUAUACGCCAUUGGCGUAGGGCGUGUAGACCUGAAUACGCUGAAGCAGAUCGCCAGCGAGCAGCUGGACGACCACGUGGACUACGUAGAGAGCUACUCAGUCAUCGAGAAACUCACCAAGAAGUUCCAGGAGGCUUUCUGUGACACAGUGGCGGACCUGUGUGCCACUGGAGAUCAUGACUGUCAGCAGGUAUGCAUCAGCGCACCAGGGUCAUUCAAGUGUGCCUGCAAGGAUGGCUUCAGUCUACUGGAGGAUGGCAAAAGCUGCAGCGCCUGCAGUAAUGCCGCCACAGACGUGGUGUUCCUGAUCGAUGGUUCUAAGAGUGUGCGUCCAGAGAACUUUGAACUGGUCAAGAAGUGGAUCAACCAGAUCGUAGACAAACUGGACGUCUCCGAGACCAAGGCUCAUGUUGGACUGGUCCAGUACUCCAGCUCUGUCAAACAGGAGUUCCCUCUGGGACGUUACAACAACAAGAAGGACCUAAAGGACGCAGUGAAGAAGAUGGCCUACAUGGAGAGGGGGACCAUGACAGGACAGGCCCUGCGCUACCUGACCGACAGCAGCUUUGCACCAGCCGGUGGGGCACGGCCCGGGGUGGCCAAGGUCGGCAUUGUGUUCACCGAUGGACGUAGCCAGGACUACAUCGGAGACGCCGCCAAGAAGGCCAAGGAGCAAGGUUUUAGGAUGUAUGCUGUGGGCGUGGGUAAUGCUGUAGAGGAUGAGUUGAGGGAGAUAGCAUCACAGCCAACAGGAGAACACUACUUCUACACUGCUGACUUCAAAGCCAUGACAGCCAUUGCUAAGAAGCUGCAGAUCAACAUCUGUCAAGAGGAGGACCCAUGUGAAUGUGACUCUGUCGUUAAGUUCCAGAAAAAAGUAGAAGAAGCCUUACAGGCACUUACGAAAAAACUGGAGGGCGUGUCAAAGAGGAUCGCUGCACUGGAGAACAAGAUUGUCUGAGGAUACACACACAUACCCCAAACACCCCCCACAACACAC